AUGAGCCCUCCGACAAACCACCACGUUUCGCUCUCGUUGAUCGGACGAAGAGCUGUGCUCCAGUACUUGAAAAUAUCCAAAAGGUAAUAGGGCCGGCAACUUCCCCAUCAAUCAAUAAAAUGUCGAUUUGCAGAAUCGCGUUGGCCAAAUCAUGUCCGAGUGUGCGAACACUUCACAACACUCUCGGAUUCCUCUUCAAACAAGUGCAAAUCAAAGAGGACCGUGUCGUAUUUGACGGGUGUCUUACGUGGAAAUGGAGUGAUCAACAGAUGCUCACCGGUCCGAAUGGAACUGUCAAAUCUGCGGGAAAUUUGGAAGAUGUCGUCGAGUUUUAUCUCAAUCGAGAACGCACGUUUGUCGUGGAUUUGCGCAUGGAGGUGUGUCUCUAUCUCUUUUCUAUUCAAUUAAUCUCUCAGGACGGAUUCGAAAUGUUCAAAACGCGCAAUUUCGUUCCGAUCACAGUGAGUUGCUGCGUUGUGGAGAACGAAGAAAUUGACGAGGCAUUUUUCGAAUAUUUCCAAAAAAAUGCAUUUGCUUCUUUUCGCAUUAACAGGGUUUGUAAGGGCGGCACCAUUUUCGAAUAUAUCGCAGUGAGUUUUGGCCAUUUUUUUUGUUGCUCUAAAAUCAGAUUUUCGGAAGUCUUUUUGCAGAAACUAACAACGAAAUCAAUAUACAUUUUGACCAUCCGACCUCCGAAUGAAAUCCUUCUCAACGGGGAUUUCGAGAAAAUGAAAGUUUGCGUAAUUCCCAGCGAACGUAGUCGCGGAGAGGAUUUCUUGAUGCUUUGCACGGUAAAUUCUUCAAAUUUUAAUCCCAUUCUUCAUGUUUUUCGUCGAAAUUUCCAAUUUCGCUCAUUGUGAGCUAAAACGAGCAGAUUUUCGUCAUUUUUGCGGUUCGAACGAUGCUUAGAAUGCUUGUUUUUACAGAAAACCGUUGCGUUUUCACGAAAAUCGAUUUCUAAUCGUUAUUCAACACAAAACCAGCAAAUAUUUUGAAUUAUUUGCAGAAAAUGCUGGAAAAACCUCGCGCCGUCGGUUCGGCGUCCUCUUAUUUGUUAAAUCAGUCGCAUGAUUGGAGUCUGAAAGCGUUUUGUGAUGAGAUUAAGACAGAGUUCGGAUUGGAGGAGCGAUACUUAAGGAAUUCCAAUAUGUACGUUCGUUUUGACUUAAAAAUGUCGAAAAAUAACAAUUUCAGAGGAGUUUUGUGGAAGAAGUUGGAAGAUGGGAAAGAAUUUGCGAUCAAGUGCAUCUGGGGUUCAAGGUACCGCCGGUACGAUUUUGUGGCCAGAAUAGUCGAGGAGGGUUCGACGGUUAGUUUUUAUUUACACUGAACACGUUCACAAAGCAAAUUUACACAUUUUUAUGUCGAUAAAAGUCUCGAGAAGCACGAAGAAGUUAAAGUUCGCAAUAGAGCGCGUUUGCUCGAUUCUACAAGACUUUUUUCAAAAAUCUGCUAAAAAUUGCCGUUUCAGCACAAAAUAAUCGAAAUGAAGAGAAGAUUUCGGUAAAAUUUAUAAUUUCAGGUGGCUCCAGAAGACCUCUGCGCGCCGCUUCGAUACAAUGGCCUAUACAUCAAUGCCUAUUCGCAUUUCACAGUUUUUUGCCGUGCAAAAAUGCUUCUCGGGCGGGACAACUCAACCCGACGCAUUUUCAAAACAAUCGUCCAUCAUUUGUGGCCCAAAAUGCUCAUUUUCUUCAUUUCCCUUCUACUUAUCUCGCUCCCUUUCCUUCUCAUUUUCUCCAUUUGGUUCUCCAACCUAUUGAUCCCCUUAUUGUGUGACGUGGCUUUCUGCGCCCUCCUCGUCCUCAUCAUUUACAUUUCUUUUGAAGGUAGCUGGGAUUGUGAAAAAGGAGUUUAUUUUCACCGAGAUUUAUGUGCACUUCAUCGAGAGCCCGAACAUUUUCCAUUUUAUUUAA